AUGGGUGGCAUCCCAGCAGACAGUUUCGCCUCGUCUGUUCCGCGCACAGCGGUUCCGGCCGGCACGCCGACGCCUCCUCCCGAGCCCAUGUCCGAGCCGUAUCAUGGAUAUUCGUUUCCCCACGACAAAUUGAAAUGUCGCCUGACACGUGCGAACAAGACGCCGCUGGUUCUUGUGUCGUGCGGCAGCUUUUCGCCGCCAACCUCGCUGCACAUGUCCAUGUUUUCAGUUGCCGAGAGCUAUGUAGACCACACCGGGUAUGAACUGGUCGGCAGCUACAUGAGCCCGUGCAGCGAUACAUAUGGCAAAAGUUCGCUGGUCCCCGCCCACCAUCGCAUCAACAUGUGCCGACUUGCUAUUGAACAGACCAACAGCAACGCCAUGAUCGACGACUGGGAGACUUUGCGCCGGGAUGAGGCCGGCCGCCCUGUUUACACACGCACUGCCGAUGUCCUCAAGAGACUCGACGAGCAGCUAAAUGAUGUCCUCGGCGGCAUUCAGACCGUUGAUGGCACGUAUAUAAGAGCACGCGUUAUGCUGCUUAUUGGCGCCGACCUGGCCCUCACCAUGAGCGACCCCAAGGUGUGGGCGCCCGCCGACAUUGACGUGCUCCUGGGCUACUAUGGCGCCUUCAUUGUCGAGAGACCUGCUCUUUGCGAUAUCCAGGAAGCCAUCCGGCCGCUCAAGAAAUACAACGACAACAUUAUGGUAGUGCCGUCCUUCCAGAACGACGUUUCCUCGACCAAAGCCCGCGCCCAGAUCCGCAACGGCGAAGUCGCACAGGACCUCCCUCGAUCCGUGUACGAUUACAUCAAGCUGCACCAUUUGUAUCAGAGUGCUCCGCCAAAGGAGAGGCAUUCCAUUGAUAAGACCGGAAAGUCGGAUCUGGAUAUGGUAACACCACGUUUGCCUGUCGCAACCCACAGGUGA